CUACAAAUGAAGAAGCAGGUGUUUGAUGAGGGAUUCUGUUAUGGUCAACGGAUAUCGAAGGAGUGGUCUCUUAGAAGGGCAACAAGCUGGAAGACAAGUGGAGGAUAGAUUUUGAAGCGCGCUUCCUCUUUAAGUGGACAUACUCAUACGUAGCUACAGCAUGUGAAAACAAACACACCACCAUCAAGAAAAUGUCGUUUCUGCCUGCUUCCUCCUCGGCUCCGAGUUCAGCCCGUGUUGAUGGAGGAUCGGAAUUCGUACGUUUUCGACAGGAACUACGAGAAACCGUACGAAACUACAAUACCUACAGUCGCAGUGCGUUUCUGUCAUUCGAUGGAGGCUCAGGAGGAGGAGCGUCGUCUUCUAGCAGUAUUAACGGGGGGGAGGAAGCUGGGCGAUCGAGAACGCCAUCUGCGUCUUCAUCAUCAUCGGGGCAGUCGUCCGGGACUGCUUCAAGCCAUGAUAGAGCCUCGCCACCGCCUUUAAACAUCCAUAUUUUCGGACCUCAGGGUAGCGGGAAAACGAGCUUUAUCAGAACCUGUUUUCGAGCUUUGCUUGGUGCGCGGAAUCUACCAAAGCAAAUCCGGAACCUGGAGCUAGAAUUUAAGAAGUAGAUCAAGCUAAUGAAGCAUCAUAAAAUAAUACAGAAAUACUGCUGUUCGUUCUCGUUGGCUAGCAAUUCCAAUUCUAUCUACUUCAUCCACUUUUCGUUCUUCGUGCGUAGAAGUGCCUGUAGAGCCUACAUUAUUCGCUUUUAAUUCCUUCCUGUUGGGGUCCUUGAACUUGCAAAAAAAGAGGCACGAAUUUCCAGAAAGCAACUGCAUUGAUGAACUCAAAUAACUGCAUUGAUGAUUCAAGUAGAAGCAUCUCUAUAAAUAUGUAUCGAACGGAUGAUGGGACGUCGCGAUAUUCGGUCUACCCUUUGACACAAACGAUACGAAUCCACGACACGAGAGGACAACGGGAAUACAGCGAAGAGGAACUGGAACAAAUGAAGUUGGUACUACAUUGCAUGCAACUCUAGACCGCAGUCUAUUCCAAGGGAACGAGAAUGGAUAAUGGUGCCUAUCAGUCCUCGCUGCUUUCAUGGGCUGAGGUUGCUUGCGAGCCAGUUGCAGGAUGGUGGGGCAGUUUUAGACACGCGGAAGCCUGUAAGGGUUCGAUGUCAAGCACGGGGGUGCGCGGGUCUCGAAUCGUCUGCGGAGCGUGGCAAGCUGCCGCGCAGUCGUAGUCGGGGACGCUUCCGCGCAAGGAGGGCCGCCGUCGCUUCAGGAUUGUCGAACGGUGUAGGGGAACGAAUAUCGGCCCCGCGGCAAAGAGAGCAGGCGGGGGGACUUCUACUUGGGCCGGAAUGCCCUCGCAGCCGAUGCUUUGCCUGUGAGAAAAGGACCGCCAGCGGCCGCCACUGAAUCAGGCGACGCGCGGCGCCAGACUGUGUCCGGCUCCCAAAUCGAGUGGGCAGGUGUUCGCCGCGAGUUUCGCGGUAAGGCUGGCUCGUUUCUGAAUGUCGCGGCCCCUUUGCAGAUUCCGCCACUGUUUAGGGCGUGGCCAGCCUGAGCACAGUGAGUGGCGCGCGGCGAAGGGAGACCGGACCGGUAGCAGGGGGGCACUUUGAGCAGCGAGACAGAUCGGCGCCGGAGUCUGGCGGGGGUGCUUUCGCUCUCGGCGGUUCACCUGAGAAGCUGCGAAGGCCAUCGGGCUGCCGAUCUACGAUCGCCAGGCUGAAGGGUGGUCGCGUCGCAUUCACUGAGGGAGGACGCUGCCGCCGUUUUUGGUUCUCGAUCUCGUCUGGCAUGGAAAAAGGAGACGGCGCGACCUUGGUCGCCUUUUCGACCUGACUCCCAGGGGGCGCGAUGCCUUGCCAUCAGGCCGAAGGCUCACAAACCCGGGGGGCUUCGCUUUGGCUCUCUUCUACAACGAACGGCCGCCGGGCUUGGGUGCAGUUUUCCUCCCUGGUAUGCGUUGCGCGUUCGCCGGGCUUCUGUCUUCGAGGGGGCAAGGUCGUGAGGGGUCAAUCUCUUGCCAGUCAGGACCCUUGAAGAGGAGGUUGGCGUGACCUUUUGGGUGGUUCUUUCAGGGACGAGGAGGGCGGGGGCGGCUCGUGCCUUACUGCACGGUCUUGGCCUCCGCGCCCCGCUGUUGAAAGAGAUUGAGGAUCAUAAGACGGGACUCUUGGCGGGCGACGCGCUGUCUAGCUCAUUCUUCAGCUGGUCUCCAAGUGGCUAGAUGGCUGACGCAGGCGCGGGCGGCCUCUUACAUGCGCACACACCGCGGGGGCCGCUCGGUGUUGUUCUCGUGGGCUUCUUGUGUUGUCUGUUGCUUGUCGUUGGAACAGGCGCGCGAACUACACCGCAGCAAGCGCGCCGGCGGCUGUGGCUUAAUUUUUGGGCUAUGUGGUUAAGUAGGUACUGGCGGGUGUCGUUUGGGUCUCUCUGCAGAUGUUAUUCUUGCAUGUGUCAGGAGCCCGUCCCCCCGUAAUUGCCAGGUCGUGGAAGUGGCCUUUGAUUCCGUCCCUCUCACUCAAUAGCCCCAAGAAUUAUCUAGCAGCCCACAAGCCCCCCAAAGAACCCACCAGCGAGCAAUCAGUUUGUUGGAAUGAGUCAAUUCACCUAUGACCGUGACUUCCUCCGUUUCAUCCAGGUUCUUGAGGGUCGUGCACUGCCAGAAAAGGUGAUACAACAACGGAAGCGAUAUUGGCUGAUGCUCCGAGAAUUCUGGAAAUCUGAGGCAGAGAUGAAAAAAGCCUUUAGUCGCCGAGUCAUGCGGAAUCUUAAGGCCGUUGUACUGAUUUUAUUUCUUAUCCCUACUUAUCUGAUGAAUCAGUCAACUACAACUUAGAAGUUUAUUUGGUGAGCAUGCUAGUCGUAGUCGUAACUUGAUACGAGAAGUUUGAUGUCGGUGUCCCAUCUUCUUCCCUAUUCAUCUGAUUAUAUUCAAAACAUGUGAAUAAAACAAGAACAACUUCUCCUCGCAAAAAUAACAGCAAGAUCAAUUGAUGAUUCCCGUUCCCCUGCCCAUCCUCUAAUCCCCAAAGCACGAUAGAGAGCGAGCCGCACUUCGUCUUCCUUGUCAUUGAUCCGAAUCAGCAAGAGCUCUUGUUCGAGGAUGAAGACUUUCGGGAGUCCUAUACUGCUCUUCUAGGAGAUUUGCAGUCACGAGGCGUCCCUUUCGCGAUUCUGUGUACACACGGCGACCAACUCACAGACCAGAGAAGACGCACAUUAUUAAGGCCUCCCGCCCUGACCGUGAUCCAUGUCCAUCUUGUUCCGAAGGAGCACAAGCAUCUAUCUGCUUCGAGACGUUCCCAAGGGGAAAACGGUCGUCCCGGGAUGGACUUCGAGACGGAUUAGAGUCGUUCGCUCUAACAUUAGCAAAACUGCCAAAAAUGCUUAGGAUCUCAGGUAGUGGAGACGAGAAUGGGGGACGAGGAGGAGCAGGAGGAGGUGGUGGUCCUGAAGCUCUCUACUACGAUGGUCGGGACUGCGGUGGAUAUUAUCAGAGUAACUACAUCUACAUCCUUUGAUGACUUCAGAUCAUUCAGGCUCAGUUCUUGUUGCUAUAAUUGCUUAUGCGUCUGCGUGAAUCACACUAUUUUUUUCGAAUUUCGAUUUCGAAGAACUUCACUUCUUAGUUGUGCUCGUCGUGCUUCAUCUCAGAAGAACUAUAUCAACUAAAUGUUGUUUUCAAUUUCACUUGAUGAUAAUCUUAAUCAUCUAGAUCUAGUUUUCAUCAAUUACCACUCCCAGGUGCCUCAUUUUACAACCCGACUUCCUCUGACGAGGAUACUCUUGUUGGCGACUUAGUACGGCAGACCGGAGGCUCUAGUGGCAUUCAGCCUGUGCCACCACAUCACUUGCCUCAGAGGCGGGAGUCUACAAGCUCCGGUGCUGAGGUAGACGACAUGGCCUUGCCGGAAGUGAUUCGUAUCGUUACAAACUACACACGGCCAUUGCAGACGAGCAUCGAUGACAACGAAAGCAUUUUUAUGAGGACAAUUAAUAGCUUAAGCUUUUUUUUUUGUGACAAUAAGAGAGUCGGUGAUGAAUACAUUAGAGGUUGAGAAGCUGAGAAAGCUCCACCUCUAUUUAUCUCUAUAUUUGAACUGCUAAUGCUCCUGCUCUCUCUUCAGCACCUAGAAAACAGCUGCACUAGCUGCUGAACAUGAACAACAAUGGGUUAAACCAAUCUGUGUGUACUUCUGACGUUUACAAAAGAAACCUCUACUAGCCUAGUAGAAGAAGCUGCUUACGCUUACCCCCUCCAACGUCUAAUCCACGUGAAGAACUCGAGACCGAAGCUUUCCCAAUACCAGCAUUGGCUCUUCAGAAUUUUCCUUCUGCCCCUUUGCCGCCAGAUGUAACUCUACUCACUUCAAAAGCUGAUCCUAGCAUCAAAGUUGGUCCUGCUGCUGCUUCGAACAAGAAUACACCUUCAUCAGCUAUCCCAUCCCCGACCAUCGAGGCUGAAACUGGAGGUGGGGGCGCAGGACGAAAAGCGAAGGGGUUGGCGGUGAAGAAGAAUUAUGGCAGCUUCCAAUUAGAUAUAGAUUCGCACCAUCAUCCCCAAGAUUAUACUAGUCUCUGCUACUUAUGUCUUGCUAACUUUUCCUACUUUAUAAGUACAGGACACCAUAACCCCCGCUAAAAAAAUGCUGGUGACACAAUGCCCACCUCUGGCGAAAACUUCCAGCAGGAAGACGAGUGGCCACGGUUGCCUCCGCUGACUGAUGGCGAGACCCACGAAGAUGUCCAACAGGAUAUUCACAUCUUGUUGGUCUUGAUCGAUGCGUUGAAUUAUGGAGAAGAAAUUUCGAUACUCAUCUUAGUGAUCUAAAACGCGAACAAACUAUCUUUUCAAGAAGAAACAUCUUAGUGGUCUUCUAUCAAGAAAAGCACUUUCUGCUCUUUCUCUCUUUCGUGAUGUAGUCGCUGUUUCUCUUGUUUCUUUGCCCGUUUAACAUGAUGUCCUCGAAGAUAGCAUGAUCACGACCGUAUUUCAAUUUCUUCUAUUUUCUGAUUCAGUGAUCGCGAAGUCAGACGAGCAGAAAGAGUACUGGUGUCACAGUAACAAACCAAACCCAAACUGCCUUCUCCUUCUCUAAUCCCAUAAGGCAGAGCAUUUUCUGCAUCAACGCAAGACGGGGGAUCUUCCGGCUCCACCUGUGUCACAGUCUGCAGAGGAGUGCGUCAUUCUUUGAAGCUUGUUGUACUUGUUGAGCAAAUAAUUCUGAUGUUGAUUCAUGAUUUUCAUGUUCUUGACAGCAUUCUUUUUUCAUCCUUGAGACUUAGGGCUUAAGUACUUACCUAUUAUUUUCACGUUGUUAUUUAUCAAUAGUGCUGCGGAAUAUGACAAUGGCAACAUGUUGUCAUUUUCCGCAUCUUCGUGGUAGUGUCCUGCCAUACGACCGGAGUUUCUGGUGGAAGGUAGUUGCAUCCGCCAAAGAAGCGAGGACAAUCUGUCAGACCACGUUUCUACGGUCAUCAUGAACUAUGGCAACAGGGACAACAGCACGCAUGCGUAUAGAUACUAAUACUCUCCUUCUUUUGUGCAACUUCUACCAACGUCAGGGUGAAUAAGAAGAAGCACAAGCCGAAAGCCAAGAAUGCGUCUACUUUCCACGAAAGUUCUUGUUACAACAUCGAGCAAUGUCAAAUGUCUAUAAUGAUGCUACAGGCGUUUCAGUUUCUAUGUACUUACUUUUUAUACAGAUUGAAGAUAAGUACAAUUACGUCGUUUUCUAGUAUCCAGUAU